AUGUCUCACUUCCCUGCCCUUGAAGACUUCGACGAAACCCCUGUUGGCCAGUCCGGAGCCACCCCUAUAGAUCUGGGUCUCGGCGACGACGCUGAUGAUUUCAUUAGCCGCGAAAACAAACUCCUAGGGGAUGAAGCCAGAAACUUCGCUACUGCUGAUGAUGACAAUUUGCUUGGUGGCGGAGAAGCCGAUCCUGCGAAUCAGUUUACAAGGAACUUUCCGGACAUGGCAACAUUCGAUAAUAACGAGAUGAUUGGACCCGGAGGUGUCAUUACUGGAACAUCCGAACCGUACCUUCCCGGCCAUAACACAUAUUCCGGGAUGACCAUGGAGACGGAAGAAGAACCCGAAGUCAUUAGACAAUGGCGCGAACGCCAAACUCUUGAGAUCCAGCGCCGCGACGAGCAGUCAGAGGCACGCAAGCGUGAAACUAUAGAGAAGGCCCAGGGCGCUGUAGAUGAUUUCUACGAGAACUACAAUUCCAAGCGCGACAAAGCUAUCGAGCAGACCCGCAAAGAAGCACAGGAGUUCUUGGACUCCCGUGAAAAUAUGACUUCUGGUGGUACCGCUUGGGAAAGAAUUGCUAAACUGGUCGAUUUGACUGAAAAGGGUGCCCGCUCUGGAAAGAGCGACAAGUCAAGGUUUCGGGAGAUGCUUCUAAGCUUGAAAAAGGAUGAAAAAGCGCCUGGUGCUAGUGGAUUUUAG